UGAAGUAAGAAGAGAAUCUACAUAUGAAAUCGGAUAACUAAAAAAUAAGUUAAUAGAAUAUGAAAAUGUUCUUAAUAAGAAGAAUUAAGAAAAUGUAAUAUUAGCAAGUGAAUUGUAAAACAAAAUAUAGGAAAUUCCUAAUAUGGUUUCUAAAUAUGAUAAUUAAAUAAAUGAAAUGAGAAGAGAAUCCACUUACGAAAUCGGACAGUUAAAGAAUUUGGUUUAAGAAUUCGAAAGAUAGAUUAAUCAGAAAAACCAAGAAAAUAUAGUAUUAGCUAACGAAAUAUAAAAUAGAACAGGAGAAGUUGAUAAGAUAAAAAGGCAAAGCAAUUAAAGAUAAUAAGAUUAAGAAAAUAUAAUUAACUAAUAUAAAUUGAAAAUUGAAGAAAUUCCCAAAAUAAUUUCCCAAUAUGAUAAUGAAUUGAAUGAAGUAAGAAGAGAAUCUACUUUUGAAAUUGGAUAAUUAAAGAAUAAAUUAUAAGAAUACGAAAGAAUCUUAAAUUAAAAAAAUCAAGAAAACGUAGUUUUGGCUUCUGAAUUAUAAACAAAAUUAUAAGAAUUCCCUAAUAUAUUAGCUGGUAAAGAAUAAGAAAUUAAUGAAAUUAGAAGAGAAUCUACAUUUGAAAUCGGAUAAUUAAAAAAUAUAGUUUAACAAUACGAAAAAUAAAUUAAUUUAAAAAAUCAAGAAAAUGAAAUUCCUAAUAUGGUUUCUAAAUAUGAUAAUUAAAUAAAUGAAAUGAGAAGAGAAUCCACUUACGAAAUCGGACAGUUAAAGAAUUUGGUUUAAGAAUUCGAAAGAUAGAUUAAUCAGAAAAACCAAGAAAAUAUAGUAUUAGCUAACGAAAUAUAAAAUAGAACAGGAGAAGUUGAUAAGAUAAAAAGAUAAAGCAAUUAAAGAUAUUAUGAUUAAGAAAAUAUAAUAAAUUAAUAUAAAUUGAAAAUUGAUGAAAUUCCCAAAAUAAUUGCUUAAUAUGAUAACGAAUUAAAUGAAGUAAGAAGAGAAUCUACAUUUGAAAUCGGAUAAUUGAAAAAUAAACUAUAAGAAUACGAAAGAAUCUUAAACUAAAAAAAUCAAGAAAAUGUAGUUUUGUCUUCUGAAUUACAAACAAAAUUACAGGAAAUUCCUAAAAUUAUACCUAAAUAUGAUAAUGAAUUGAAUGAAGUAAGAAGAGAAUCCACUUAUGAAAUCGGUUAAUUGAAGAACUUAUUACAAGAAUUUGAAAAACAAAUUGGAUAAAAAAAUCAAGAAAAUAAAAAUUUAGCAAACGAAAUUCAAAAUAGAGUAGGAGAAAUAGAAUAAAUUAAAAAUGAAAUUCCUAAUAUUUUAUCUAAAUAUGAUAACGAAUUGAAUGAAGUAAGAAGAGAAUCUACAUUUGAAAUCGGAUAAUUGAAAAAUAAACUAUAAGAAUACGAAAGAAUCUUAAACUAAAAAAAUCAAGAAAAUGUAGUUUUGGCUUCUGAAUUACAAACAAAAUUACAGGAAAUUCCUAAAAUUAUAUCUAAAUAUGAUAAUGAAUUGAAUGAAGUAAGAAGAGAAUCCACUUAUGAAAUCGGUUAAUUGAAGAACUUAUUACAAGAAUUUGAAAAACAAAUUGGAUAAAAAAAUCAAGAAAACAUUAUUUUAGCUUAAGAAAUAUAAAAGUAAUAAAAUGAAAGUGAUUAAAUUAAAAGAUCUAAUAAAUAAGAAUUAGGACAAUUAAAAAAUCAAUUCUAAGAAUAAUACAAUUAAAUAAUAUAAGAAAAAGAUUUAUAAAUAAAUAAUAAAGAAAAAGAAAUAACUGAUUUAAGAAGAGAAUCUACUAUUGAAAUCGGUUAAUUUAAAAAUAAACUUAAAGAAUAUGAAAGAAUCUUGAAUUAAAAAAAUUAAGAAAAUAUUAGUUUAGCAUAAGAAAUAUAAAAUAAAAUAAACGAAGAUAAAGAAGUUAAUGAAUUAAGAAGAGAAUCUACAUUUGAAAUAGGACAAUUACGAAAUUAAUUAUAAAAUUUUGAAAAAAAAGUUGAAGAAAUUCCAAUUAUAUUGGCUAAUAAAGAUAAAGAAAUAAGCGAUUUACGAAGAGAAUCCACAUAUGAAACUGGUCAAUUGAAAAACUUAAUAUAAGAAAUCGAAAAAAGAUUAAAUUAAAAACAAUAAGAAAAUAAUAAUUUAGCUUACGAAGUUUAACAAAAAUAAUAAGAAUUUUAACAAUUAAAAGAAUUACAUAAAAAUGAUGUUUAAACUUUAAUGUAUGCAAAAGAAUAAGAAAUAAAUGAUUUAAGAAGAGAAUCUUCUAUAGAAAUAGGUCAAUUAAGAAAUAAAAUUUAAGAAACUGACCGUGUUUUGUCUUAGAAAAAUUAAGAUAACAUAGUUUUGGCCUAAGAAUUAUAAUUAAAAAAUAAAGACACUGAAUAAAUGAGACAACUACCUUUAAUUUUGUAAGGAAAAGACAAGGAAAUUUCAGAUUUAAGAAGAGAAUCUACAUAUGAAAUCGGAUAAUUGAAAAAUCUUAUUAAUGAAUAUGAAAGAUAAAUUGCAUCGAAAAAUUAAGAUAAUGUUAAAUUAGAAAAUAGCAUAAAAUCUAAAAUAUAAGAAGCUGAAUAAAUUAAAAAUGAAAUUCCCAAAAUAAUUUCCCAAUAUGAUAAUGAAUUAAAUGAAGUAAGAAGAGAAUCUACAUUUGAAAUCGGAUAAUUGAAAAAUAAACUAUAAGAAUACGAAAGAAUCUUAAAUUAAAAAAAUCAAGAAAACGUAGUUUUAGCUUCUGAAUUAUAAACAAAAUUAUAAGAAUUGCCUAAAAUAUUAGCAGGUAAAGACUAAUAAAUUAAUGAAAUAAGAAGAGAAUCCACAUUUGAAAUAGGAUAAUUAAAGAAUUUAGUGCAAGAAUUUGAAAAAUAAAUUGCUUUGAAAAAUUAAGAAAAUAUAGGUUUGGCCAAUGAAAUAUAAAAAAAAGUAUAAGAAGUAGAUUAAAUAAAAAAAACAAAUAAUUAGAGAUACCAAGAUUAAGAAAGUUUAAUUAAUUAAUAUAAAUAGAAAGUAGAUGAAAUCCCAAAUAUUGUAUCAAGAUAUGACAAUGAGUUGAAUGAAGUAAGAAGAGAAUCUACAUUUGAAAUCGGAUAAUUGAAGAAUAAAUUAUAAGAAUAUGAAAGAAUUUUAAAUUAAAAGAAUUAAGAGAAUUUAUUAUUAGCAAAGGAAUUAUAAUAAAAAUUAAAUGAACUUCCUUCUAUUUUAUCAUUAAAAGAUAAAGAAAUUAAUGAUUUAAGAAGAGAAUCUACAUAUGAAAUCGGAUAACUUAAGAAUAUUGUUUAAGAAUAUGAAAGAUAAAUAAAUUAAAAAUAAUAGGAAAAUAAUAAAUUAGCAAAUGAAAUCUAAAAUAGAGUAUAAGAAGUUGAAUAAAUCAAAAAAUCAAACAAUUAAAAAUAAUAAGAUUAAGAAAGUAUAAUAAAUUAAUACAGAUAAAAAGUAGAUGAAAUUCCAAAAAUUAUAUCUAAAUACGACAAUGAAUUAAAUGAAUUUAGAAGAGAAUCUACAUAUGAAAUGGGCUAAUUAAAAAUUAAACUUUAAGAAUAAGAAAGAAUCUUGAACUAAAAAAAUAAAGAUAAUGCAUAAUUAAUUUCCGAAUUAUAAUCUAAAAAUUAAGAAAUAACAUUAAUUUAAUAAGGAAAAGAUAAAGAAAUUAACGACUUAAGACGAGAAUCGACAUAUGAUAUCGGACAAUUGAAAAAUCUUGUAAAUGAAUUUGAAAAAUAAAUAAUCAUAAAAAAUCAAGAAAAUGUUGCUUUAUCUAAAGAAAUACAACAAAAGUAAUUAGAAUCUGAUUAAAUUAAAAGAUAAAUUCCUAAUAUCAUUUCCUAAAAAGAUAAAGAAAUAAAUGAUUUAAGACGCGAAUCUACAUAUGAUUUAGGCUAAUUGAAACUUAAAAUUCAAAAUAUUUAAUAAGAAAAAGAUAGUUUGAAUUAAAAAAUUUAAAUAUUAUAAGAACAACUCUAAAAAAAGGAUGAAAACAUAAAUUAACUAUAAAUUCAUAUAGAAAACCUUAAAAAAUAAUUAUAGACAAAAGAAAUUGACUUACAUGAAAUCGCUUUAGCUUAUAAAGAAUUGGAAUCUAAAUUUAAUGAAUAAAAUAAUUAAAUAGAUUUGAAUAGUUAAUGGAAAUAAAAAAUCGAAAAACUUGAAUAAUAAAGAAUAAAAGAAAUAGAAGAAAUGAAAUUAAACCUAGAAUAAUAUAGAAAUCUUCAAUUGGGAAAUUCUACAUAAGCUUUAAGUGAUGCUGAAAGAGCAGCUUAUGCUACAUAAAUCAAAUAACUUUAACAUAAAAUUAGAGAAUUAGAUGAAAGUUUAUAAAAUAAAAUUAAUGAAAAUCAAUAAUAGAAAACUAAUAGUGUAAUUCUAUUAAAAUAAAAAUCUGAAUUAUCUAAUUAAUUGAAAAAUUCAAAUAAUUAAAUAUAAUACUAAUUAGAUAUAGAAUCUUUAAAACAUUAGAUUAUGUAAUUAAAUGAUACAAAAUAAAAUUAUGAAUCAGUAAUUAAAAGAUUUGAAGGUAAAGUUGGUUAAUUAGAGAUUUAAAUAAAAACAAUUUAAAAUGAAUUAGUUUAAAAUAAUGAACAAAUGUAAAUUAAAAAAAUAGAAAGAGAUUAAGCAAUAUAAGAACUUAAUAAUGUUAAAUAAUAAAAUUUAAUGUUUAUUUAAUAAUAAUAAAAUGGUAUUUCAGAAUUAGAAAAUUCUAAAUUGGAAAUAUUAUUAAAAGAAUUAGAAGAAGUAACUAAAUCUAGAGACUUGUAUAAAUAAUAAUUAGAAAGAAAAUCUUUAGAAUUAUCUGAAAAAAACUAAGAUUUAAUUUAAAAAAUAGAAGAGUUAGACCAUCUAACUAUGGUUUAUUAAGAAUCUCUUAAUAAUAUACAUAAUUUAGAAAUAAAACUUUUAGAUUAAUUAUAAAAUGAAGAAAUAUUAAUUCAAUGAAAUAAAGAGUUAAUUUAAUAUUUAUGAAUUCUG